UGAAAGCUAAUGUCAAAAAUUUCAAAACAGUGCAGUGCUAAAAUUUAUCUAAAAACUAGAAAUUGUAAUAAACUGAUAUAUUAUUAUGACAUCAUCAAUUACUUAUUAAUCUCAAGAUGGCACUUUACACUAAGCAAGAUUUCUCCCCUCCAAUCCUGUCAAGGAGAUGGAUUGCUAUGAAGUUUAGGCCCAAUAUGCUAAUAAACAACCGGCAGCACAUCAUUUCGAUCCUCGAGAGCGGCCUUCUCUUCCGAGAGGACAGCGUAGAAGUGGAGCAGGAGACUCCCUGCCCUACUGCGGUGUGGAGCGCCGCGGGGGGGCGCCGAGGCGGUUGGCUCACGGGAGGAGAGGGGGCCGUGUCUUUGACUGCCGUCGCUGUGUGCGUGGCUGCCUUCCCGCCGAGACACCUCAACCGCUCCGUACUGCUCAACAUAGCGGCCUACGUCAGCAUACCAGUGGCAAUCCGAGCUGUGCACCGGGCGCUCAUUCGCGGUUCGCUCGCGAGCCUGCUCGCGAUCAUGCGCGAUUACCUUGCGCUCGCUCGCCGAGCCGCCGCGUGCUUGAAGGAAUACGCUGCGCUGCAUGCUCAACUUGGAUCAAUAUCGUCCGCCAUCGAGAACACCCGCGCGCUCCUAUGCCGUCAGCAGCGAUCAUUGGCUCUGCUUCUAUCGCGAGCAUCGGCGGCGCUGCUCGGCAACGCGCCGUGGCUCCGAGCGGACGUCGCUUGGGCGGCGGUGGCUGACGACGCCGGCAACGAUUUGAUGAAAAUCCACCACGCGUUCUUAGUAGUCCAAUCUACAUUGCUAAAACACAUCGCUAUGGCUCAUUUCAUACCGCCAGUCCACGCUCAGAAGAUAUACAAAAACUUCAACGAACGAAUCUACUGGAUACACACAGUCCUAUUGAGCCAUUUGUACGAAGAAUUCAAGCAAAACUACGAGGCUCUUGAACGCAUGUACAGGUUGCUAAGAAACUUUGGAAAUAACGAUAGAAAUGUAGUCAAAAAACCAGGGGCGGCCAUGUUGGAUAGUUGGGCGUACAGUGACAUACACAACGGGGUUGCCAGAACGAAUUUAGAAUUGAAAUUUGUGGGGAAUAAGUGUGAAGCGUUAGAUGUUUUUUUGGAUUCGUGUGCAUUGAAUAAGCAAGAGUUAGAUUUGACUGUAUUGAAUAAAGAUAUAGAUGAAAUCAUUGAUGAUAUCACUAAAUGUUUGAAUACAAUGCAGAAUUCGCAAAUUAGGCUCAAAAAAUUAAGAAAUAAAGUCGAUGGUUCAGAAAAAGAGGUUCGGAUUGAAGAAAAGAGUCCUACUGACGAUGAAAAUGUUAUUAAAAUUGAUGAUAAAAUACCAGAAGUUAAAGACGAAGUGUUCUACUUCGUCAAAACGGAGGACGAUGACGUGGCAACACCGGCUGAUGACGUCACAACCGGUCCAGGAAAGAAAGAGAAGGAAACAACGAAGAUUGUCCUGAAAGAGCUGAAAAGAAAGCUGGGGAAAAGAGAGGACGUGAUGAGGGAGAGAGAAAGGCAAGCGUUAGCCAAAACGAUGCCAGAAUUGAAAGAUAUAGUGCCAGAAUUCCCUAGACAAAUAAACUACGAUGAUUAUAUCGUAAAAAAAGGUUACAUAACCAAAAUUAAAAAGGAUCCACCGAAAAAGAACUUAUUUCGAAAUUAUAGGAUAAGCAAAGGUGAUAAAAAGAAAAAGUACGCGUUAAAAACCAAAAAGUAUCAACGCGAAGAUGAAAUAUCCAAACCUUUUUACGAAGCGAACUCCAAACUGAAUUUAAAGAGCAAACUCAUUUCUCUAACCAAAGAAGAAUGUGACUAUUGUGUAACGAAAUGGUGUAAAUAUGUACCAGCGUUAGAAAUACAUAAAGAUAAAGAACUUGAUCCAAUUUGUAUGUCAGAAACAAGCGACAUCGAGGCCGGUCCGGCCAUAGACAACAACCAAGUCAACACAAACCAUAGAUUCCAAGUGAGCACAUACAAAUUCUCCAAAAGAGACUUAGAACUGUCACCUUCAUCAUCAGAGAGUGACUAUGAGUUAUACAAAGAAAAACAGCUGGCGUUACUAAAAGACAUCAGAAGGCAUAGAGCGACGAGAAAGAAGAAUCAUCCAACCAGAAGAUCCAUAGACAAGUCCACAGACAAAGAAGAUGAGAGCCUGAAGCCCAUAGAGUACAGUUUUGGGACAGGAAUGGCGAUGGCGUCAGUUUUGCAGAUAAAUAGUAAAGCGAAAAUACCAAAUCUGUCGCAAGAAGAAGUAUUCAUAGGAAAUGGUGAGGUAUCGACUGACAGCGGCAACGAUGAGGAUGCAUAGACAAAAUGUAAUUUUGUGACGCUUCAUAAUGGUCUAUUCCACUUUGAUCACCUGGCUUUGAUGACCCAGGUGAUCA